ACNGUCCCCUUCGUGUCCCCUCCCUCAGCUGAUCAGGUGUACGGAGACCAGGACAUGCACGAGGUGGUGCGGAAACACUGCAUGGAUUAUCUGAUGAAGAACGCCGAUUAUUUCUCCAACUACGUCACCGAGGACUUCACCACCUACAUCAACCGCAAGCGCAAGAGCACCUACCUGAAUUUGGGGGUGAAGGUCCCGAGUUUGGGGCAGGGACCCUCCCUUUCAAUGGGGCUGGGGCUGCCCUCCUUCAAACCGGGGCUGGCCGAGCAGUCGCUGAUGAAGAGCGCCAUCAAGACGUCGGAGGAGUCGUGGAUCGAGCAGCAGAUGUUGGAGGACAAGAAACGCGCCACCGACUGGGAGGCCACCAACGAGGCCAUCGAGGAGCAGGUGGCCCGCGAGUCCUACCUGCAGUGGCUGCGCGACCAGGAGAAACAGGCGCGCCAGGUGGGGCCUGGUGUCCCUCCACGCAAGGCCAGCGCCACGUGCAGUUCGGCCACAGCCGCAGCGGCCAGUGGCCUGGAGGAGUGGAGUGGCCGCUCGCCGCGGCCCCGCAGCGCCGCCCCCUCCCCCGAGCACCCCGGGCUGCAC